AAGCUAUCAGACUUGUACCCGGGUAGGUUUAUUUGACUUCAGUACAUGAACCCCCACCAUUAUGUAUACACCAAUUCGUAUAUCAAACCCCUAUAAACUUCAACCCCUCAGCACCAUCCGGGGUAAACCAGGGGUCCUACUAACUUAGGCCUAGUCCCCUAAAAUUAUCGAUUAUUUGACCCCUGAACUCCAACGUCGUACCCCAACACAACCCCAGGACCCUGAAAUAGUCCUCGGAACCAGAUGCCCCGGAUAUCGUCACGGAUCUAGUAUUCAUGCCAGAUCUGCGGUGAAUAUGGCUAUUUUUCUUCUUUCCUGUCUUGUAUGUAGUUUUUAAUUCUAUGGUGCUAUUUUCGUCUGGUCGCGACAUGUCACUACUCUAUCUUUUACGGCGUGGGGUGCGAUUUUGAAACCUCUUAGUUGUAGGCUCUACUAGGACGUAGACGCGGAAACCUGAGAUGGAACCCGAACCUCCAUCAAAAACAAUAUAACACCAAUAACCACAAUGGCGCUCCUACGCCCAGUGAAGCGCACCGUCGCCUCACCCACGCGUCUCCGGCAGAUCGUCAUCAUAUCCGUAAUCUGUCUAGCAUUAUACUGCUUCCUUCUCGUACCAGAACACAGUCUCGACUCAUCACGCUCCACCAUCAUCGACACAUUUCCUCGACAUCCACAUCACUCCGAUUCCAGCCCUAACUCCAAACAAAAGGCCAAUCCACCCUCUUCUGUUUUAAACAACUUCCACCUAACAACCGCACAAUGCCGAUCCACAUUCCCCUACCUAACCCAAGAAAUUGACCACGCCGUCGCCAAAGGGCCCUUCACACUAACCCGACGCCCCCACGACAUGGGUCCCCUAAUCGCACGUAUACGCAACGGCAAACUAUCCAUCCUCUCUUACGCGCGGCGCUCGGACCUAAGCCGCGAGAUGCUACAACACCGCUCCGCAACCCUCCACCAAAUCGCCAACGCAUUACUAACCACACCCCCGGAUGAAACACCGGCAGACACAAUCAUAGCGUUCAACCACGAAGACGACCCUCUCUCCCCCUCCCUAUCCUACUCCCGCCCCGCGGACCCAGUCUUGAACGGCGCUGACAAGCAUAUCUUCCCCAUUCCGCAUUUCAGUUUCUACGCCUGGCCAAUCGCAACCGUAGGUUCUUUCCCACGAGCAUCCUCCGCAAUCUCAGUCCUCGAAUCGGAAAUCUCCUGGUCGAAUAAACAGCCCCAAGCAAUCUGGCGCGGAACAACAUGGUUCAACCACCCACGCGCAGGCCGUCUACGUCAAGAUCUAGUCGCGUCCACUAAAUCCCAGCCCUGGGCUGAUAUCGCGCCUCUCGUCGUCCAUGCUAAUGGUAGUAGCAACGGUCUCCCCAUCGAAGAUUUCUGCCGGUACCGAUAUAUAAUCCACACCGAAGGCGUGACGUACAGCGGACGCUUCCAAUACCACCAACUUUGCGCAAGCGUAGUUUUAUCACCGCCGAUCGCGUGGAUGCAACACGUAACCCAUCUAGUCCGUCCAGUAUUCAGUCAUGCGUUACCUGGCGUCGAACGCACUUUAACCUCUCCCGCCGCAUCCAGGAAGGAGAAACUAGCCCCAUAUCCAGCAUCUUGGGUAAAAUCAGCAUGGCCCAAGUCAUAUAACCCAGCGACGGAGGCGAAUAUGGUAUUCGUCGCGCCGGAUUGGAGUGAUUUAGAAGCUACUAUCGCGUGGUUGGAAGCACACCCCAAAAUCGCCGAGGGUAUCGCGCGACGCCAACGGGAGCUCUUCCAUGGCGCCGGGUAUCUUAGUCCGGCAGCUGAGAAAUGCUAUUGGCGGGCAUUGCUCCGAGGUUGGAGUAGCGUAGUCCGAACAGACGGACAGACAUUCGAGGAUUUGGAUGAAAUACCCUGGGAAGAGUUCAGCUUGAAAGAAAUCCAUAAAUAGGGGAUACCAAAAGAAAAUGGGGGGAAUUCGGACCGGGGGCUGAUUGGAUGUUUGCCUGGCGACAUUAACUCCACGAUAGAUGGCAUGAUAA